ACAGUCUUUGUCAAGCAAAAAGUUCUUUGGCAGGCAAUCUCAAAAUCCCUCAAUUCCCUUACUCUUCACCCGCACCCCCACCAGGCCACCCCCAUCGUUCCUUGAACAUAUCAAUCAAUCCCUCGACGACAACACAACAACAAAUGCCUGCGGGCCUGCUGGUUCCCAUAACUCAAUAGCUUCCCUCAACUCAACUCCCGUAUAGUCACCAUCCAUCCUUACCCACCUAAACACACUCUUCUCUUUCUUUCUCUCUCACCAAACCCCAUUUGCCCCCUUUGUUCCCUUACCCCUUUGUUUCUUAACAUCUGCCUAUAAAAAAAAGUUUUCUUCUUCAUAACCAAGACAACGUCCAAAGAACCAAAGUUCAAACCUUUAAUCUCAAAGACCCCCCCCCCCCCGGUUUUCUGUUUUUGUUCUUUCAUGGGGUUUUUAAUUCUUUUGCUGCUGCUAACCUUUACUACACUUCCAUUAUCUUCCUCAGAUCCAAACGACGAAGCUUGUUUAACUCAAUUAAGCCAAAACUUGAAAGACCCUUUAAACAACUUACAAAACUGGACCAAAUCAACCUUUGCAAACCCUUGUAGUGGUUUCACAUCUUAUCUCCCUGGUGCAACUUGUAACAAUGGUCGAAUCUACAAGCUUUCCCUCACCAACCUCUCUCUUCAAGGCUCUAUUUCCCCAUUUCUUUCCAAUUGUACCAAUCUUCAAUCCCUUGACUUGUCUUCAAAUUCCAUUUCAGGUCCUAUCCCUCAAGAUUUACAAUACUUAGUCAACUUAGCAGUACUCAACCUUUCAUCUAAUCGCCUUGAAGGAGAGAUCCCUCAACAACUUGCAUUAUGUGCUUACUUAAACGUCAUUGAUCUUCAUGAUAAUUUACUCACUGGUCAAAUUCCUCAAGAAUUAGGCCUAUUAGCACGGUUGUCAGCUUUUGAUGUUUCAAACAACAAGCUGUCAGGUCCAAUACCAGCAUCAUUAGGUAAUAGGAGUGGGAAUUUACCAAGGUUUAAUGCCACAUCUUUUGGUGGAAAUAAGGAUCUUUAUGGAUACCCUUUACCACCUAUGAAAAGUAAAGGGCUAUCAGUUUUGGCCAUUGUUGGGAUUGGAUUAGGAAGUGGACUUGCGAGUUUGGUUAUUAGUUUCACUGGGGUUUGUAUUUGGUUGAAAAUUACAGAAGAAAAAAUGGCUGCUGCUGAAGAAGGAAAGAUUGGUCAGUUCAUGCCUGAUUAUUAAAAAAAAAAAAAAGAAGAAGAACAAAUUUCAUUGAAGAUCAUUGAGCUUAAAUUCAAAAAAGAAAGAAAAUCCCAGGUAUGUUUUUUGACCGAUUUUUUUCUUCUUCAACAAUGUAUAUAAAGUAAAUUCAACCAUGAUCCUUUUUUUCCCUGUACUGUUCAAUUAUGGUGCCAAUGGCUUGAAAAAAAAUUUUGGUGGGGACUGAACUGUAAAAAAAAUGAAAAUGAAGAGUGAAACAUGAUUGCAUUUAUUAAAAAAAAAAUUUAGUUUUAACAAGUUGGGGUUACUUGUGGGAGUGUCAAUGUGCGAGCUGGUGUGCAUGGUGGGAGACCAGACCAGACCAGACCAGCAUUCUCUUUAAUCACAUGCCUAUGUGAAAAUUUGUCUCUAUUUGUUAUUUUUCUUGCAACAAAAGUUAACUACUAUUUUGGCUUUUGGUCAAUGGCUUAAAGGCAACAUUCUGGAUAUUGGUUCUUUAUGAAA